AUGGACGACUCAAUGGAAGAAGAGGGCGAUUCUCUCUUCUCUUUACCCGGACUAUCACACCGUUCAAGAGCAUUAUACCAAACACCUCCUCAACCCAUCCAUCCUUCCACUUCCACCGGACCCAUUCCACCUGUAGGUCUCGGGUUUCACUCUGCCGUCGUACCCCAACAUCUACCGGAGAUGGACGAGUCUUUCGAACAGCCCAAUCGAUGGAGAGCUACAGGCGACAGAGGUGCAUCACCACCUGAUAUAUCCACUUCAACCGCAUAUGAUUAUGGUCAACAAGAUGAGCAAGAACAAGAUGACGAGGAGGAAGAAGAAGAGGUUGGAGUGGAAGGGAGCUACGAAGCUAGUGAAAGUUCUUCGGCACAGUAUGAUCCAGAUACUGAUCCUGAGGGAUUCGCUCAGCGGUUGGAUGAAUUAGCGGGUGUAUUGGAGAUAGGUGAAGAGGAAAGUAAAGCUAUAAGAUGGGGUUUACCAAUUUCCCAAAAGCAGAAACAGGGUCCAGAUCUACCACUUGCCGAUUUCCGUAAAUUGAUCAAUCAUCAUCUCAACACGACGGAAUGGAAAUACACUUCCUCGAUACCCGUCGUACUACCUAUACCAGGUAGAUCAGGCGAUACCUUACCUAUCGGAGGGGGCUUGACGGUAGAUUCAGGUGAUAUACAUCCCAUAAGGGUGCUAGGUAGAGGAUGGACAGAAAGAGAUGAAUGGAUAGAAAUGGAUUCUGGGUCGGAGGACAUGCAAAUUGAAUAUACGGGUGGCUUGUAA